GCAGGUAGGCGGGGCUCUGCUAUCCCGGGUCUGGAUUCUUCAUUCGGGAGCGCUGCUAGACAAGGAUGAAUACGAAUGCAGCCAUAUUCGGCUCCGCAGAGAAGCACACCGGCUAGCGCAGGCUUACACGCAAGGAUUCGCCUACUUAGAAAAAGCACCCACACCCGGUUUUUUGGUGGGCGUGUAUAUAUAGGUUAAAGGUGCGUGUAGUGCUUCGUUAGGGAGUUUAUAAUUGAAGAUUUACAGUUGAGCGGAAUGAGCGUCCGGUCAUCCUGAGAUUCGACGGGAGAAAAAAACCCGACACAUCCCUCAAAGUGGAAAGUACAGAUUUGUCCGGAUUAAGGCAAAUGGAGCCGACAAGGCCUUGGGAGUGAGGAGGGGGUGGAAACGCUGGAAAGCCGCGGACAACAACCGGGUUAGGCGCAUUAGGGCUACGUUUAUUUAAGCACUAUGUUGGGCACAUUUUGCUAGCUGGCUAGCUGGAUGGCUGGCUAGCUUUUGAAGUCUGGGACUUCAGUGCUCCACACAUAUCAGCCAGAUAAAUACGAUUUGUAUAUAUUUAUUAAGCUCAUCCUCGGGUUAUUAAUCUCGACAAAAGUUGUUGUAUCCUCUCUGGCUCUGGGAGUGGUAGCCAGGCCGCUGAACUGGUAGAAGAUGUCUGCGAAGGUGCGCCUGAAGAAGUUGGAGCAGUUGCUGCUGGAUGGCCAUCAGAAAAACGACAGGUCACUGAGUGUGGAGACGCUGCUGGAUAUCCUCAUAUGUUUAUACAACGAGUGCAGCAACUCGCCCUUAAAACGAGAAAAGCAUGUGACGGACUUUUUGGAAUGGGUGAAGCCAUUCACAACCACCGUGAAGGAGAUGCGGCUUCACAGAGAUGACUUCGAGAUGCUGAAAGUGAUUGGCAGGGGCGCCUUCGGAGAGGUAAGGAACCCGGCGAACCCUCGCUGCCUUGUUGGCGUGUUUAAAAGUGAUUAAAGGAAAUCACCUCUA